GCACUCGCCAUGCCUAGAUUUCAGAUGCAUCGGGAUUAUCGGAGUCAUGGUGUGAAUGAACAUGCAGGCCAAGGGAGAGGAGUGUAGCAUAAAUACUGUGCAGAGAGAGGGGCUGACUGCAAAAAAAGCUCUAAAUCUGCACAGCCAGUUCAGAGAACUGUAGUUUACUGUGGAGCCUGAAGAGGGGUUUGCUCAGCGCUGGAGAGCCUUGGCUAGAAGAGAAACUGCCUGCUCACCCACCUCGCUCAACUAACUUCCUGUGAUGUCAGCCUGGAGGAAGUAGCAGUUUGGGUACAAGUCAGUCAGACUGUGUGAAGUAAACAGAGAGCGAAUCAACGAGGUGUGACAGGGUGGGUAUAUUGCGUGACCCCAAGGAUGGUCCGGAUUUUGGCCAACGGAGAUAUUGUACAGGAUGAUGACCCCCGGGUGAGAGCAAAUGCUCAGCACAGGGAGAACACCUCCCGGCAGGAGUUUUUCAACGUGGCGCCUAAUGCAGGCCAUGCUCCACCGCAGCAGCAGGCUGCCAGGCCUGGGGGGCGCUCUCCGUUUUCGGAACUGAACCAGCAGCUAGUGAACAUGGGAUUCCCCCUCUGGAACCUCGGUAACCAGGUGGUGGAGCCAGUGAUGUCCAUCCUGCUGCUUUUCCUCCUCAUGAUGUGGAGUAUAAAAAUGCCAAGAGCAACACCUCAAAUUCUCCUCUGGUUCCUGUGAUAACGAGAACCUUCUGCUAAAACAACAAGGAGAAAAAAACCUGUAACAUGACGUUUUAUUAUAAAAUUGAAAUUGUUCUGUGACGGUAGUACAUAAAUAUCUUUCCAAACUGCCUGUUCUCUGAAUUUCUUGCUGUUCUUGGGCCUGUGGUGAGCAUGCCAGAGCCAGUGAAAGUCAGUGAUAGCUCCCCAAGCAGGGCCCCCACAAAUCCCAAGUGCUGGAAAGUUUGGGAACAGCUAUGGUUUUAACUGGUGUAUUGAUUAAAUACAACCCUACAAAUGAACUGACUAGCUCAGGGGAUUGACACUGCCCAGUGUCCCAGGCUAGCUUUGUGGGGUGGUGCACUAUCAUCAGGUUGUAUUGCAUUGUGCUGAUGUUUUGGCAGGCUGCUUUGCUUAGGCUGAAGUUCUCAGUCACCCCUUCUAAAACUGAAGCCAUCUUUAACUGCAGAACUCUGGCAUGAACUGAAAUUUGUUACCUUCUGAUGGUCAUUUGGUGCCCUAUAUAAAAUGAUGUGAUGAUCUCAGCUCAGUUCCUAAUGAACAGCUGUCAAACUUCAUAGUAACUGGCACUUAUGCUGAGAGUUUCAGCGUAGAGAUCAAGGACUGAAUGGCAUUCUGGGACUGAACCAUGCACCCCUGGAGGGAAUCCCUCCAAAGACAACCUGAGGAAUAUUGGCAGGUUAGUGCUGGGGUGCGGGGUUUACAUGGAAAGUGAGCUAAUUGGGGAAGCCAAGUCAUUACAUCGUGUAGAGAUGGCAGGGGCUGACUGGCUUCCUGUACCCGCCUCGAACCCAAGUCAGUCUCCCCAGUGGAAAACCAGGAUAGGGGACUGAUCCCCUGGGUUUCCGUGGGGUUUCUUCCUGUCUGCAUCACCAGCUUUUCCUCCUCAGGGAGGCAGAGCAUCUGAGAGGGACUCUGACAGAGAUGGGACUUCAACGCUGGGGGCCCCCCAUUGUGAGCUCGAGUGACGGAACUAAUCCUGUUAGUAAAUCGUUCCUG